AUGAAUUGGAAGCUUCUAUUGUGGCUAGUUCUGGUCCUAGUUCCGGUACUAGUGAAGUUGGAAUCAGUUCCAGUGGGAUGUGUGGAGAUCAGAAAUCGUAAGAUCGACAGAUUUAUGAUCAGUUCUACAAAACACGACGCCGAUCGCCGCCAUAUAACGUACGACAAGAUAGCUCAGCAAUGGGUCAUCACGAGGGAAGGUGACAAGUAUAGGAUCACGCAUGAUUCGCUCAAGGAGGAUUUGUUCGAGUCCCAGCAGACCUUCAAUGGCAAUUACGUGUUCACCUGGGUACCAAAGUCGAAGAUUACCGACGGUGGCGCAACCUGGAGCAUUUCGUUCGCUGGAACGCGCGGAUUCUUCCACAUCAAAAAUAAGAAGUUUAAUCACUGUCUGUACACGAAGGGAGUUGGUAACGAGUACCGAUUUCGGCACCGUACCCUCAACGAAGAACUGUUCGAGUCCGAGCUGACCAGCAACGGAAAUUACGUGUUCACCUGGGUGCCGAAGGCGAGUGUGCCGGAACCGGGACAGUUUUACAUUCACAACACCAAAUUCCAGCACUAUUUGAGGGCUUCCCCCACGAGCGAGUCGAAGAACGAACCGAACGAAAGCGAAUGA